GCUUCUCAAUGCCAAUAAAAUCAACUGCCUGAGGGUAAACACGUUCCAAGGUCUGCAUAAUCUCAAACUGCUAUCUCUUUAUGAUAACAAACUGCAGACCAUCAGCAAGGGGCUCUUCGCACCUCUCCGAUCGAUCCAGACUCUACAUUUAGCUCAGAAUCCAUUUGUGUGCGACUGCCAUUUGAAGUGGCUGGCUGAUUACCUGCAGGAUAAUCCGAUAGAAACCAGCGGCGCUCGAUGCAGCAAUCCGCGUCGCCUUGCCAACAAACGAAUCAGCCAGAUCAAGAGCAAGAAGUUCCGCUGCUCAGUGUCAGAGGAUUACAGAAGUAAAUUCACUGGGAAGUGUUUCAUGGACCUUGCCUGUCCUGAGAAGUGUCGCUGCGAGGGAACAAUUGUAGACUGCUCUAACCAAAAAUUCACCCGGUUACCCAGUCACCUUCCUGAAUAUACCACUGAUCUGCGUUUGAAUGACAAUGAUAUUUCUGUUCUGGAAGCUGUCGGACUUUUCAAGAAAUUGCCCAACCUCAGAAAAAUAAAUCUAAGCAACAAUAAGAUCAAGGAGAUACGAGAAGGCACAUUUGAUGGAGCUUCAGGAGUGCAGGAACUGAUACUGACAGAUAAUCAACUGGAAUCCGUGCAUGGACGAAUGUUUAGAGGCCUCACAGGGCUAAAGACAUUAAUGCUGAGGAGCAACUCUAUCAGCUGUAUAAACAAUGACACAUUUGCCGGACUGAGCUCAGUGAGGCUUCUUUCUCUGUACGACAAUCGCAUCAGUACUAUCAUCCCUGGAGCCUUCAGCACUUUAGUCUCAUUAUCAACAAUCAAUUUGCUGGCUAACUCCUUUAAUUGUAACUGCCAUUUGGCCUGGCUGGGAAAAUGGUUGAGGAAGAAGAGAAUUGUCAGUGGAAAUCCACGCUGCUUAAAACCCUUUUUCCUAAAGGAUAUUCCAAUCCAAGAUGUGGAUGUCCAGGACUUCACCUGUGAUGGUAAUGAUGAAAGCAGCUGCUUGCUUUCCCCUCCUUGUCCUCCCCAGUGUACCUGUGUGGACUCAGUGGUACGCUGCAGCAACAAAGGGCUGCGAAUGCUGCCCAAGGGAAUUCCCAAGGAUGUGACUGAGCUAUACCUGGAAGGAAACCAUCUGACUGCUGUGCCAAAGGGGCUCUCCACCUUCAGACACCUGACACUGAUUGACUUGAGCAACAACAGCAUAAGCGUAUUGGCCAACCACACUUUCAGCAACAUGAGUCAGUUAUCAACACUCAUCCUGAGUUACAACAGACUCCAGUGCAUUCCUGUCCACGCGUUCAAUGGGCUCAGGUCUCUAAGAGUGCUGACGCUCCAUGGAAAUGAUAUUUCCAGUGUUCCCGAAGGUUCUUUCAAUGACUUGGUGUCCUUGUCCCAUCUGGCUCUCGGUACCAACCCUUUGCACUGUGAUUGCAGCCUCCGCUGGCUUUCUGAGUGGGUGAAGGCGGGGUACAAGGAGCCUGGAAUCGCACGCUGCAGCGGGCCUGACGCCAUGGUGGACAGACUGCUGCUCACAACACCCACCCACCACUUCCAGUGCAAAGAGCCAGUAGAUAUCAGCGUUGUGUCCAAGUGUAACCCUUGCCUCUCCAAUCCAUGUAAGAACAAUGGGACAUGCAACAAUGAUCCAGUGGGGUUUUAUCAAUGCACUUGCCCCUUUGGCUUCAAG